AUGUUCUCCCUCACCACCACCACAAUCCUUCUCGCCACACUGACCUCCCUCACCCUAGCCGCUCCGACAGCACAAGCACCACCAUCAUACUCAUCACCACCUGCGCCCCAGCCGCUCGGCAUCUCGCUCUCAACAGAUGCACACUGCUCAACCCUCACCAGCAGCACGCCCACCAGCCUCGUCAAUGGAACCUGCUAUCCCGUACCCUCCGGCUUCGCAUCUAUGGAGGUGUAUGCGCCACCGAUUCAUGGACUUUUGACAGUGUUUGCGACGGGGGAGUGUGUGGUAGGAAAUGAUACGCAGUAUUUUAGCACGGAGUAUAGGGGGUGUAUGGGGUUGAAGGGGGAGGGACGUGGGAUUAUGUAUACUGCUCAGGCCUGA